AUGCUGGAGGCGGUGUGCUUCUGGCAGAGAGGCCGUGCCAGGUCCAAUCAUGUGUCGCACAGAGCCCCACGUCUCCAGGGACAGCACCAAACAAACACCUCUGUGUGCGCAGCAGGACAGGGACAAACGAGGGAGGGAACGUCGCAUGGACAGAACCACACUCCCAACGAGAGGCUGGGAAAGACGGCGGCGUGUGGCAGCCCACAUGGCAGAGGAAGCUCGCGGCCAAAACUGACGGAUACUAAACAGCCCAACUGCAGCAAAACAAUAAGUUCUCCCAUGUUCGACACUCAGUGCUUCCACUCCCCCUCUUCUCUCCAUCUGCCAGACCGCAUCAGCUUCAGAGACCGCCGCUGA